CUGCAGAGAUGUAAUUAGUGGCUGCCUUUGUUUGACAUCACUUCCGUUGUUGCUGUUAAUGAGGAGCAAUGAGAAAAGGGUCAUACUUAGGCAUUUGCUGAUAGCCUAACAUCUUCCUUCCUUUCUAUUCUGGUAUAAAAUAAUAGGUGAAAGGGGGAAGACUGAUACAAAGAGGAAUCAUCCUGAACCAAAUAAAGGUAAGAGGUGUAGUUGGGUUGUGGCACCAAGAAAAGGAAGCUUACCCUACUUGCAAAAGUUAAGCUUGUGUGGGCAGAUCUGAGAACUUAUUGCUUGGGAGACAUGGUGAGAGGGAAGAUCGUGAUCCAGAGGAUCGACAACUCCACCAGCCGGCAGGUGACCUUCUCCAAGCGGAGGAAUGGUCUGAUGAAGAAGGCCAAGGAGCUCGCCAUCCUGUGCGACGCCGAAGUCGGCCUCGUCGUCUUCUCCAGCACCGGCCGACUUUAUGAUUACGCCAGCACCAGCAUGAAGUCUGUGAUAGAGCGAUACAAGAAGGCAAAUGAGGAGCAUCAACUUGUUCUCAAUGCGACUUCAGAAGUCAAGUUUUGGCAAAUGGAGGUAGCAAGCUUGAGGCAACAACUGCAUAACUUGCAAGAAAAUCAUAGGCAGUUGAUGGGAGAAGAGCUUUCUGGCCUGAGCAUCAAAGAUUUACAUGAUUUAGAGAACCAACUAGAAAUGAGUCUACAUGGUAUCCGAACAAAGAAGGUCAGUAGUCUUUGCAACAUUAAAUGUCUCUUUUCUUUCGGCAUUCCUAAUGCUGUAAAUUUCUGUUCUGCAGGAUCAACUUUUGACGGACAAAAUUCAGGAGCUCAAAUGGAAGGUUGUGCAGAAAUUAAAACCCAUCCUUCUCUGUUUAAGUUCAGAUUGCAGCUAAGAUGCUUAACUAUUUAUUCAAUGGAAACCUUACAGGGGAACCUCAUCUACCAAGAGAAUAUGGAGCUCCACAUGAAGGUAAACCUCCUUGAUCAAGAACAUAUGGAACUACAUAAGAAGGUUUAUGAAAAAAGGGUAGACAAUGGUGACAAUAGAGACUCAGCUAUUUCAUAUGGUUUCGGCAUUGCGGAGAAAGCAAAUGCAUCCAAUCAUCUUGAACUAAAUAGGCCACAACACCAAGCCAACAGGGAGCAAACUGGAACAUCACGGCUAUGUCUUGGAUUGCAUUAAGGAGAUGGUUCAGAAAUCAGGGUUGGGUGUGUGCACUUCCAUCAUAAUCAUCUGAAGAAUUCAACAAUGUCAUUUGAUCAAUCACAUUUGGUGUUUAAGGAGGAGAAGCAUCAAUUGUAAUUAUGCAUAUCAUAUGACAGUAAGGUAAGCUUUGGCAUUAUGGUAAGAAUGUUGAUAUACAACUUAGGUAAGUAGGGUAAAUCAUAGGAACAAACUCUCUACUUGUAGGGGUAAGGUUGUGUACAUUGGCACUUUUUCAGACUUCACAAUGAUAGUAGCCUCAUGAACCAAGCUACUUUUUAUAUUAUUUAAUUAGAACUACCUAUUUUUAGCAAUUUAACAGAAUAAAGUGGUGAAGACGAACCAUGUAGUUAAGUUUAAUAAUUUUGGAAGUCGCUAGUUUGCUUUCUCUUUUUCUCCUCCAAUUAAACAAGACAAAUACCACAAAAUACCAGUUCAG